AUGUCAAACGUUCGCAAAAGGAGCUCGAAGCAACCCUCUGGCUCGACACCAUCAACAGGUCACGAAGAAAAUGUCAAUGGUCACUCCCAUUCGCAUGGGCGCGGAGCAAGCAUCUCUUCAUCACUUUUACAUUCCCAUACACACGGACAUGACGGGGAGGACGAGGAGGAGGAACAUACUGGAGAGGCUCUGAUGCUUCUCGACGCUCUCCGAGGACGCGGAGAUGCAGCCAGUCGCGUCACGCUCGUCGGUCUCGGAGCCAAUAUCGGACUUACUCUGCUCAAGGGAGGAGCCGGUUGGUACUUGAAUAGUGCUGCACUCAUCGCCGAUGCUGGCCAUUCGUUGAGCGAUCUCAUCGCUGACUUUGUCACUCUGAGCACCAUCAUUUUGUCACAACGACCCGCUUCGCCACUCUACCCGAUCGGGUUUGGAAAGUUUGAAUCUCUCGGCACCGUCACUGUGUCCAUCUUCCUCCUUCUUGGCGUAUUCUAUCAGAUACCCUCUCGAGCACCCUCGCGAAACACCCAAACCUCCCACCCUUAUUUAUCCAUAUUCUAUCCCUUCUUCUGCAAGACUCGUCAUCGUCAUCCUCUCAUCAUCACGGUCACUCUCAUGGACAUGAUGACGGAGACGAUUUAUCGCCGUCGGCCAUCUUCUUCCCUCUUCGGCAUGUUGGUCAAAGAAUAUCUCUACCGCGCUACCAAGCGCGUCGCAGAGGAAACAAACUCGAGCGUACUCAUGGCAAAUGCUCUUCACCACCGCUCCGACGCGUUUGCGUCUAUUGUGACCGUAGUGGCUAUUCUGGGCAGCGUCGUGAUGAAGGACAUCCCAGUCGACCCAAUGGGAGGCCUUCUUGUCGCAUUCCUGAUCCUACUGUCCAGUGUCCGCAUCUUCAAGGGUGCUAUUUUCGAACUGACCGACGCCUCUGUUUCACCCUCGACGCUCGAGACGUAUCGCUCUGUGCUCGCGCCAUUGGUGUCCACGACGCUCGUCAAGGUGGACAGAAUUCGCGCAAUCAGGUCCGGUUCCCUCGUCUUUGUCGACGUCCAUGUCACCCUUCGAAGCGGUGUCAGCGGAGACCAGGUUUUGGACGUAAUUGAGGGCAUCCAAUCGCGACUUUGUGGAGAACGUAAGGAGGUACGAGAAGUACGCGUCUCGUUUGAAUUGGCUGCUGCAUGA